AUAGGCUAAAUCGACCGGACGUGAAAUAUCUAUGGUAUGUCUGCGGAACUUUAUAUCCCAUGAUUCCUUUUUGCGUCUUCCUCUUUCCUUUUUGCAGCAAUGUCUAAGAGAGGUAAGAGACUUGCUUAGAAAAAUCCACAUUAAUCUACCCGUUUGCAGAAUGUCUAACAUAGGAAGAUAAUGGUAUUUGGAUAAUGGUCGUUUUAUGAGUAAUUAUCGUUCAUAUUGGCUUGAAAAUGUGAAGGACUGAGCAUUAUUCAGAGGGAUGAUUUUAGGCGCUUGUUACGGAAGCCAUGUUUGCUGUCACCGCUUAUUAGCUAAAAUACAUGAAUAGGUGAGCGUAUGCUCUAAGUCCUCAGGUAUAGACACAUUUGCCAUUCCAGUACAAUGCCCAACAUGUGUGGCAAGUUAACAUAUGUGUGAGUGGCGUUAUAGCUGGUGCGUGUUAGCAUAGCGUCUCUAAGAGCAGGCAUGACUGCGAAUCAUGCAUCGACACCGCUGAAGUCCUAGGCUAACGUUAGCUACUGUAGUUAGGUGUGCAGUCUUCUCAAUGAUUUCCCCAGCUAGCCAAAUUGAGCCACGGUGUAUUGCUUUUUAACUUUUUAAAUAGGGGGACUCUACCUCAAACAUUGAACCAAAGCUACUGAUUGAAUCUGUUUGAACGUUAGUUUCCUUGCCAACUAGCUAGUUUCCUCCCAACUCGUCCCAGGCCAUGUAAGUAACUAGCUAGCUAUCACCUUACAGCAGUCUACUCACAACUAGCUGGCCAAUUAAUUUACAAGCUACCCUGGAUGGGUGCAUUAGACAAGGGGUAGAACUGUCAACAUGGGCUGCCUUUUUGUAGUGCAAGCAGUAACGUUCGCCAGGUCGUAGACUUGUGGAGUCACUCCUAAUCUUGAGGCCUUAUGGUUUGGUUGUGUGGUGAUUUGUACAAUGCCUCCCACAUAGUGAUGUGGCUGCAUGUUCUUGGCAGUAGUUUAAAUCUGAAAAGAAAAUAACUAAAUGUGAAGUUGAACCCCUUUCAAAAAGCACUUGCUUUGUCUGGUCAGUAGCUGGGUGAGUUGUCGAAGAAGGGUAUAGUAAUCAUCACUGGUGGGUGAGAUGGCAGUCACCUGUACUGAACAAUCUCAAUCCUUGAUGGAACAAUUUGGAUAAUCUUUGCCUGAUUAUAGCAUUGUGCUUUCAGUCUCGGCACCAUGUAAUGUUUACUUCAAUGGAAUCUCUUCUCUUGUUCAGGACGUGGUGGGUCAUCUGGGGCGAAGUUUCGCAUCUCGCUGGGUCUCCCAGUGGGUGCUGUCAUCAACUGCGCUGACAACACAGGUAUGUUACAUUUAGAUCUGUUAGAAUAUAUAUAUAUCCCUUAAAAAAGCACUUGCUUUGUCUGGUCAGUAGCUCGGUGAGUUGUCGAAAAAGGGUAUAGAAAAAUCAUCACUGUGGGUGAGAUGGCAGUCUCAUUUUGGCUGACCAAUCUCAAUCAGUGAUGGGACAUUUCAUGUAUUUCAACCUUGUCUUGUCCUGAAAUAGCCUACAAGGAUCUGUACCUUGAAUCAAGCCUGGGCAGUGGAACCAUCUCUAACCUGUCAUAUAUUCACCAUCUUCUUCCCCCUUUCUCACCAGGUGCCAAGAACCUGUACAUCAUCUCUGUCAAGGGCAUCAAGGGACGUCUGAACCGUCUGCCCGCUGCUGGUGUGGGUGACAUGGUCAUGGCCACCGUCAAGAAAGGCAAACCAGAACUCAGAAAAAAAGGUGUGUUCUACAUUAUGUAUUCAAUUACUAGAAUAGGAUGAACGACAUCACUAUAUAAUGCUUGAACUGGGACUAGCUAAUCAAUAGAUUAUGGCGGUUUGAUAAUUGGCAUAGUAAUUUGAUUGCUCUUUAAAAUGACUUGUCGUUUUCACCACAGUGGUAGUCCCAGACCAAUCGUUUAACUGAAAGGUGAAAAUCAACAGUGCAGAGAUGCGAGUUAUGGCAGAAUAACUUCCAUAAUCUGUCAGGUAGCUGCAUUCUGAUAGUCUUCCUCUUUCCCACAGUGCAUCCUGCGGUUGUGAUACGGCAGCGGAAGUCGUAUCGGCGAAAGGAUGGCGUGUUUCUCUACUUUGAAGACAAUGCAGGGGUCAUAGUGAACGUGAAAGGAGAAAUGAAAGGUGCGUUGGGAUUUUGAGUCUUUAGUCCCCCAUACCAUGUCAUGAAGGUUCUUCAAGCCUCUUCAUAAGGAUGUUUGGCUGGGCUUCUUUGAGUGCAUUCCAAAUUCUGGAUGUUGAUUUUGAGUAGUACAUUUAAUAUAGUACAUCUAUAUUGCUAAAUAUAAAUGACACCCCUUCAAAAAGCACUUGCUUUGUCUGGUCAGUAGCUGGGUGAGUUGUCGAAGAAGGGUAUAGUAAGAUCAUCACUGUGGGUGAGAUGGCAGUCUCAUUCUGGCUGACCAAUCUCAAUCAGUGAUGGGACAUUUGUGUUCACUGGAUAGUGGUCAUCCUUGGAAUACAUUUAGAUAUAGUGACAUAAUGGCGGCAGUGUGAUACUCUACCUUUCUCCUGGAAGUGUGUACGUCCUCACUCAGUCAUUGAUUUAAAAACUUUAAAGUUCACUUGGGGAGAUUGGUAGAGAAUCUGACUACAGCAUGUCAUAUUUUGGUGUUACUAUGCCAAGUGAGGUGGUUUUGUAGGUAACGUUAUAGGAAUUUACCUGGAAACGGCAGUGAUUUUUUGUCAGCAACCAAAGUAAAGUGUGGAUGUUCAAAUCAAGACAAUGUAGUCAAAUUGAGUCUGGAGUUUUCUUGUGGAUGCAUGAGUUACAUAACUAUGUUUUUGUUCACAUUGUAAGUGGCAGGUCUACAAACAGUGAAAUGUUACUGCACUGAUGCAAGGCCAAAGGCAUGUUGUCCCUAUUUGAUCUCCUUUUUGUUGUGGGCUAAAUUUCUGUCUUCUGUUUCACAGGUUCAGCAAUCACAGGACCCGUGGCCAAGGAAUGCGCAGAUCUGUGGCCCAGGAUUGCUUCAAAUGCUGGCAGCAUAGCAUGAUCCUUGACCCUGGCUUGUUGUAUUCAAUAAAAACCGUUGUAAAGUC